GCUCAGUUUUAGGAAUUCCAACCUUCCAGAGACAUCAUGCCUCCCCAGCUUGGUUUCCUCUCUAUCUUACUGGCCUGGACAACAGGAGCAUGGGCAACAGACCAUAACCUGCCUUUCAUGGAGUACCUGGAUGCCGACCGUGUGGUCUGCCUGAAGUGGGGAUUUGAUGAGCUUCAAGGAGACAUAACAUUCCAACUGACAGUCAACAGCACAGGCUGGGUGGGCUUUGGACUGAGUCCACAGGGAAAUAUGGUUAGAGCAGACAUUGUAAUGGGGGGAUAUGGACCGGCUGGGAGCUAUUUUGCAGAUUAUUAUGCUGAAGGGAAUGCCAUGCCUUUAAAGGAUGAGGAGCAGAGCUACAACCUUCUCUCCAUGAUUGAAAAUGACGGACAAACAAUAAUGACUUUUCAGAGGUCCAUAAAGACAUGCGAUGAAAAAGACUUCCACAUCACACCUCAGCCUAUUAAAUUAAUCUACGCCUACGGUGUAACUGAUGACAUUGGAUACCAUCGGAGCCGCAGAGGCACCAAGGAAGUAAAUCUGCUCAACUACAUGCCAAGGUCCAACCCACCUGAUGCUAAAUAUUUCACCUUAAAGGUGGAAAAUAUCACUGUCCCUUCCAAAAAGACGUACUAUCACUGUAAAGUAAUGCAGCUCCCUGACCUGCCAAAAAAGCAUCAUAUUUAUCUGGUUGAGCCAGAUAUUGAACACCUUGACAUCGUCCAUCAUAUGCUGCUGUACCACUGCCCCUCUUUUGUAAACGAACCAUAUGAUAAACAAUGCUACAUGGGGGACGUAGGAGACGCCUGCUUUGGAGUGGUGGCUUCAUGGGGAGUCGGAGGAGGAGCAUAUGAGCUUCCUGAGAAUACAGGUAUUCCUAUAGGAGGAGAAAGCAGUGACAGAUUCUACAGGUUGGAAAUCCAUUACAAUAACCCGCAAGAGAAGGAAGGUAUUACAGACAGCUCAGGUCUGAGGCUUUAUUAUACAGACAAACUUCGGCAACACGAUGUGGGAGUUCUAACCACAGGAGUGCUUCCAGUAGGCCAAAUGCAGUACGGGAUACCUCCGAGAGCCACCCAGUUCCACUCCUAUGGCAUCUGCAACACCUCUUUGUUUUCACAGCUUGUGAAUCCCAUUCCUGACCUUCAAGUGUUUUCUGUGCUCUUGCACACUCACUUGGCUGGUAGGAAAGUCAGAGUGGGCCACUUCAGAAAUGGAAAGCAAAUAGAUUUCUUGGGAGUGAAUGAAAACUACGACUUUGACAUGCAAGAAAUUGUUAAUUUAGGAAGCAUCAAGACAGUCAAACCGGGGGAUGAGAUAAUUGUGGAGUGCACCUACAAUACAGAGGAUCGCACUAAAGACACACUGAUGGGUUUAUCCACCACUGAUGAAAUGUGUCUGGCUUUCCUCUUCUACUACCCUGCAGUAGAUAUUACCUCAUGCACCAGCCGCCCGAACACACUACUGCUAUCCACCACAACGGCUCAACCAGAUGAGUAUCAGAGCUUGAUGAAUAACUUGCCACAAAUUCAGUACAUUUCUGAUGCCAGAAGCAAUUACUCAGUCUACAGAGAUGGCAUGGUCAGGGAGGUAAUGAAGACACCUGCUGCUGUUUGCAAAAGUACAAAUACUGCAAGCAGACCCUGCUCUUCCUGGAUGCUGAAGGCUGGAGGGAUAAUCCUCUCACUCCUAUUGGUUGCUCUGAUGUAGUUUGGGUGUUUGUAGACAGAUCCAUAAAUCCAUAAUCAAGAUAAAGAUAGUCUUUAAGUAUCCAAGAAUAUAUAUAUAUUUUUGGGACUAAAUUAUGGAAUUUAAAUGGUAAAAUCCUGUACAUGAAUAGGUGUAGAAUUAAACGGUAUGCAACACAUUUAGUUAGUGAGUUAACUUUUUUUUUGUUGUUU